AAGAACGGAUCGCCGCCUAAUGUAAGCAAAAGCAGUUAUGAAACAUGAUAAUCACAACACAAUCCGCUAAUGGAUCGCUCAUCGCUUAAUAGAAGACUGCAGGUGAAACGCUGCACCCUAAGGAUCACGCUAUUUAUUACUUUAUGCAGACAACUAGGCAAGGCAGAGGCAACAGUCGACUUGCUGAUCCCGAUUACAAAGUGCCAGAACGGGUAAGAAACGCGAUUGGUUGACAUGUCGAUAUUUGUGAUGAACAUCGAGCAGUGAUUAGCCGUUUUUCAUUGUUGCAAGUUCUUUCUCAGUUGCUUGCGGUAGGUACAUCAACAAUCAAGGGAUUCUUUAAUAAUAAUAAGGCGCCUGCAGGUUCGCAACCCAUUCAUCGUGCAUUUAUUGCGUAAUCUUGGAUUGCCGUCGCAGCCGACUCGCGGACUAAAACAGACCACUUUCCGCUUGCUGCGGCAAGACAGACUAUUCGACCGACAACAUUAGCCGCGGCCAGUUGACUGAGUGGUGUCGUAAAUGUAGCGUGUGUAUUAACGGAACAGAUACAAUAAUAACUUAACCUCAACGUGGUGUGCGCGAAAAAACCGGCGUUUUUCAGUGCAAUUAUGUUAGAAAGUAGACUUUUGGGGCUCUAACCGGCCUCCGUAUUGUGAACAUUUUCGAAAAUUUGUGCAACCAAGACUGACAAGAUGAGCUGUUAUCGUUUUAUUUACUUUUCUAUUCUGCUUCUGCAGCUGACAUUCGGUUUCCAUUUUUGGACCACAGCGGUGACUGCAGAAAGUCUCCCGCCGCCGUUGCUCGUCAUCGACGACACAACUAAAACAAAAGAUGUAUCUCAAAUGGAACCUUGCCCUCCUGACAGCAUUACAUUCGGUGACAAGUGCGAGUGUUUUCACGAAUUAUGCGAAAAACCAUUGUGCAACUACACUCUUACCCAAUUGACCGAUUCGACGGACGUUCCUGGUCGAUGCUGUCCCAUUUAUUCCUGCAUCGGCUGUCCCAACGACACCACAAUUAACGACCAGUGUCCGUGUGCCGAAGGUGCAGUGAUAUCUUCCUACGGAAAAUGUGAAUGCGUCGACCCCACUAAGACCCUAAUCGAUGGCAAAUGCACAUGCGAUCCAGAAAAGUGUCAAUUGCCACAUCUCUGCGACAAGAACUCCGUUGAAGUUAAAGAGAACGACAAUGAGGGUUGUUGUACCGUAACAAAAUGUAUUCCGUGUCCGGAGGACAGUCAUCCUACAAGCUACGAAGACCAAGCUGUUGAAGAUAAAUGCGUGUGCUUGCCUUGUCCUUCGAAAACGUGUUCUCAAAAUGAAACCGCCAUCGUCUUUCGACGAGGAAAUAAUUUCCCUGGGACGUGUUGCGACCUUUAUACAUGCGAACCUGUUGGAGAAAUAACAGGAUGCAAGAGCAACGGCACUACUUACAAAGAGGGUGACACCUGGAGUCCUGUAAAGGGCGAAACAUGUCACUGUCAAAACGGAAUAUCUAUUUGCUCAUCGACAGAAAAUGACGAAAAACACGAAUAUUGUAUCUCAGAUGGUAAGAUGGUGUCCCAUGGAACCUCCUGGCUCGAAGAUGACGAAUGUACCAACUGCACGUGCUUUAACGGCGAGACCAAAUGCAUAUCAUACUUUUGUGACGUUCUGGAAGGUAAAAUAGACAACCCAUCGAAAGAAACCCAUGCAUCCUGUGUAACAGACGAUAUAACCCAUGCUCACAUGGAUUCCUGGACAUCCGUAGAUGGUUGUUCUCACUGUGUAUGUUUCAUGGGCGAGAUCAAAUGCACUCAACAACCAUGCAAAGAAGAAUCUGGUUCAAAAUCGUGCUUGAUGGAAGGAAGGUCGUACGAUCAUGAAGAAACAUGGUCCAAGGGUCUCUGUACUAGAUGCACUUGUACAAAUGGAGAAAUAUCUUGUACCAAAAACGAAUCGUAUUGCAAUAAUAUGUGCGUUUCGAAGGAUAAUGUAACUUAUCCUGAAAAGUCUUUAUGGAAAGAAGACGAUUGCACUAGCUGCACGUGUAUUUUUGGCAAUGCGAAAUGUACAAAUAUUUGUGUCACAACUGCUCCAGACUGUCCUCCUGUUGAGCCAUGCAAAAAGAAGUGCGAAUAUGGUUACAAAAUGAACAGAAAGGGGUGCGAAAUAUGCAAAUGUAGAGCUCCUAUAAACGGUUCUUCCUUCAAAGAAGACUACCCAAUUCUAGUUUCUGUAUUCAAAAAGUACAACCUUUCGGAAAGUGAUGCGAUUAAUAUUUUAAAAGGCGCUAUUGAAAAAGGAAGCAACAGUUAUACUACAAAUGUGAACAAAGAGGAUGAAAAGGAAAUUGGAGAAAAUGACGGCAUUCCGAAAACGACAACCAAUUCAAAUUCGUUUCUGGAAAACCCUUCUUCUUCUGAUGUUCCUGCAGAAGAAAACGUUAAUGAAGAUCGAGAAAAGCUCAGCAUGUUUUUCGUGGGUUUCAGUGGAGGUGUUCUUUUAGCCCUCGUCUUUGCCAUUUCAAUGUGCGUUUUCAGAAUUCACAAGCAGCGUACCAAACAGAAAUUUUCACCCUGCGACUAUAAACCGGUGGAUUUGAUAGAGAUGGACAAAAACAAGAACAUUUCAAACAUCUACACCCAGAAAAAUUUCGAGUUGAAGAACGUCGCGUAACAAUUGGAAAAGUCCGUUGGCCACCUUAAUUAUUUAUUUUAAAGAAUGUGAUAUUGUAACGUUUUAUUUGGUAAGUAACUGAUAUAUUUAUUUAUGCUGAUUUAAGACGGAACAAAGACGGAAUGAGACAAAAUUUAAUUCAUUCACAUUGCUAAAAUGCUUUUGCAAUUUAAUGAAGUUAAUCAUCCAAAACACAAAAAAAAAUAAGUCCAGUUAUUCACAGAUUUAUUAAUUUAAUAUUUCAUAUGUACAAUGUCCUUUGGUUGCCUAUUUUUAUUCGCAUGAGUGGAUGUUAUUGUAAAGACUGUCGAAAAUUUUAUUUUCGAAAACAGGGUGUGAGAAUUAAGAAUUAUUUAUUUUUGUACAGUUUGAUAUAUUUUGUAGGUAAAUAAUAGUUUUGUUU